CUCCCUCUCCCUCUCUUUCCUUUUGCCCUUUUCCCCUUCUCUCUCUCUCUCUCUCUUCGUUCCCCGAACUUCCCCCUCAAGCCGAACGUCCCUCCCUUGCUCUCCUAGGAAGCACAACCGAAGUUUUCUUUCCUUGGCUGCACCACCGAGCUUUCCACAGAGUAGAAGGCCAAUUUUCUGCAGCGAAUCUUUUUGGAGCAAGGAGCUAUCUGGAGAUCUUGAAAUUCUGAGGGUAAGUGAGCUUGCGCUGACGUUGACUGGGGAGUUGAAGUUCCAAUUUUUUGCAAGUUCUUGUUUAAGAACGAACUGUGUUCUAAAACAUGUCGAGUAAGAAAGAAGAGAAAGCUCAGGCGGCAGCUGAAAGAAUCAAGGCUGCCGCCUUGAGUGCUGCAAAGGGUCUUAGUCGAGCUCAGGCAGAGAGAGCGGCUGCAGCUGCGGCUAGAAACGUCAAUGCAUAUGGGCAGAAAGAAGAAGGGCCUAGCAGAUGGCAGGAGAAACGAGAAGCGAAAAGACAGAUGUACCUGAUGAGUACUGAAAAGGCUGUAAGACUGGGUGAGAGGAAAGACCUUAAGGCCAGUAUGUCUACUGUUGGUGGCGCAGCUUCGCAAUGCCAGAAGUGUUUUCAGCCUGGGCAUUGGACGUAUGAGUGCAAGAACGAACGCGUUUAUAUCUCACGGCCCUCUCGGACUCAGCAGUUGAAGAACCCGAAAUUGAAAAUGAAGGUGUCAAUUUCAUAUGAUUUGGAUAAUCCAGAUGCUAAAGAGGAUGAAGAGAAAAGCAAGCAGUCUAAGAAAAGCAAAAGGAAGCACAGGUCAGAUUCUGAUUCUGGCAGUGAUAGUGAGGCUUCAGUUUUCGAGACUGAUAGUGGGUCAUCAUCAGCUAAAGCUUCCGAUUAUUCUUCAGAGGAGAGUAGUUCGGAUUAUAGUUCAUCCUCUGAUUCUGAGGAGGAGAGGAGGCGGUGGAAGAAGAAAAAGAAGAAAAGUAGAGGUAGGCGUCGGAGGUACAACUCAUCAUCGGAUUUUUCUGAUUCUGACUCGGCAUCGGAUUCUGAUUCUGACGAUCGGAGCAGCAGGAGAAAGAGCAGGAGGCACAGCAAAAGGCGUUAACAACGGUAAGUCAAGAGGGAAGGAAAGGGGAAGAGAACGAGCUAUGUAAUUAGCUUAGGUCUGUGUUCGACUAGUUAUAAACCUGAAAUCUCUAGAACCUUCGAUAGUUUCCCAUCGACAUUAUUCAUCCGUACUUGAGAAGACUAGCAGACGAAGGGCUAAGUGGAUGAGUUCUUGUUGUUGCUUUUCUCGUAUCAACAUCUACCCAUUUCAUUUUGACUGUAUGCGAGAUUCUAAUAAGUUUGCUGUAGUUACUUUUUCAUAUCACAUUUUCAUGUGUUGCUUUUAGUUCUUUUGUGGAAGUAGUGCAUUGCCCAACUCUUUUCACU